GGAGGCGGCCGAGCCGCAGUGGAGAGAGACCUGGGUGGCAGAGGUUGCGGCGCGGGCGGCCUCCACCUCCUCCAGGGUUCCUCGACGCGCUGCCCUCGUUUUAAUGCGCAGCGACUUCGGGUCAUCUCUCCUUUGCUUCUCGUAGGAGUCGCAGUUCCAGGAGCAACAGCCUAGAAGAGGACGCGGUACCCGCACAGGGGGCUUCAGCACCAUCCCCCGACCAUUAGGCGGCGGGAUGUCUGUGGUCGGCAUUGACCUCGGCUUUCUCAAUUGCUACAUCGCAGUAGCGAGGAGUGGCGGCAUCGAAACCAUCGCCAAUGAGUACAGCGACAGGUGUACCCCAGCCUGUAUAUCUUUGGGAUCAAGAACGCGAGCCAUUGGAAAUGCAGCCAAGAGCCAGAUAGUCACGAAUGUAAGAAAUACAGUUCAUGGUUUCAAAAAGCUUCAUGGGCGAUCAUUUGAUGAUCCUGUUGUGCAAACUGAAAGGAUCAGGCUUCCCUAUGAGCUGCAGAAGAUGUCUAAUGGAAGUGCAGGAGUUAAGGUGCGAUACCUAGAAGAAGAGAGACCUUUUGCAAUCGAGCAAGUUACUGGAAUGCUGUUGGCUAAGCUUAAAGAGACUUCAGAAAAUGCUUUGAAGAAACCAGUGGCUGACUGUGUGAUUUCAAUUCCGAGCUUUUUCACUGAUGCUGAGAGAAGAUCUGUGAUGGCUGCAGCCCAGGUUGCAGGCUUAAAUUGUUUAAGGCUAAUGAAUGAAACUACUGCAGUUGCACUGGCAUAUGGAAUUUAUAAACAGGAUCUUCCUCCGUUAGAUGAGAAACCAAGAAAUGUAAUAUUUAUUGAUAUGGGACAUUCUGCCUACCAGAUCUCAGUUUGUGCUUUUAACAAAGGAAAACUUAAAGUCUUGGCUACUACCUUUGAUCCAUAUUUGGGUGGCAGGAACUUUGAUGAGGUUUUAGUAGACUACUUCUGUGAUGAGUUCAAGACAAAAUAUAAGAUAAAUGUAAAAGAAAACUCUCGGGCCUUGUUGCGUUUAUAUCAGGAAUGUGAAAAACUAAAGAAGCUAAUGAGUGCAAAUGCAUCAGACCUUCCACUGAACAUUGAGUGUUUCAUGAAUGACCUUGAUGUUUCUAGUAAACUGAACAGGGCUCAGUUUGAACAAUUAUGUGCUUCCCUCUUAGCCAGAGUUGACCCACCAUUAAAAGCAGUAAUGGAACAAGCUAACUUGCAACGUGAAGACAUAAGUAGUAUAGAAAUUGUAGGGGGAGCAACACGAAUUCCUGCUGUCAAGGAACAGAUCACUAAAUUCUUUCUUAAAGACAUAAGUACCACAUUAAAUGCUGAUGAAGCUGUUGCAAGAGGGUGUGCAUUACAGUGUGCGAUUCUCUCACCAGCAUUUAAAGUGCGUGAAUUUUCCAUAACAGACCUUGUUCCCUAUUCAAUCACAUUAAGAUGGAAGACCUCUUUUGAAGAUGGGACUGGGGAAUGUGAAGUAUUCUGUAAGAACCAUCCUGCCCCAUUCUCAAAAGUCAUUACUUUCCACAAGAAGGAACCAUUUGAACUCGAAGCAUUUUAUACUAAUUUACAUGAAGUGCCUUACCCAGAUCCAAGAAUCGGGAGCUUCACUAUUCAGAAUGUUUUCCCACAGUCUGAUGGUGAUAGUUCCAAAGUUAAGGUUAAAGUUCGUAUUAACAUCCAUGGAAUCUUCAGUGUGGCUAGUGCAUCAGUAAUUGAGAAGCAGAAUGUAGAAGGGGAUCACAGUGAUGUUCCUAUGGAGACAGAAACUUCUUUUAAGAAUGAAAGCAAAGAUGAUGUGGAUAAAAUGCAGGUUGACCAGGAAGAAGAGGGUCAUCAAAAAUGUCAAGCUGAACACACUCCAGAAGAAGAAAUUGAUCAUACAGGAACCAAAACACAGUCUGUACCCUCAGAUAAACAAGAGCGAUUAAACCAGACCAUUAAAAAAGGAAGAGUCAAGAGUAUUGAUCUACCGAUCCAGAGUAGCCUGUGUAGGCAACUGGGCCAAGAUCUUCUCAACAUCUACAUUGAAAAUGAGGGGAAGAUGAUAAUGCAGGAUAAAUUAGAGAAAGAAAGAAAUGAUGCGAAGAAUGCUGUUGAAGAAUAUGUGUAUGAUUUUAGGGACAAGCUUGGCACUGUCUAUGAAAAAUUCAUCACUCAAGAAGACUUGAGAAAACUGUCUGCAAUAUUGGAAGACACAGAAAAUUGGCUUUAUGAAGAAGGAGAGGACCAAGCUAAACAGAUUUAUGUGGAUAAGCUUCAAGAACUAAAGAAAUAUGGCCAGCCUAUUCAAAUGAGGUACAUGGAACAUGAAGAGAGACCAAAAGCUUUAAACGACUUGGGAAAAAAGAUCCAGCUUGUCAUGAAAGUUAUAGAAGCAUAUAGAAACAAGGAUGAAAGAUACGAUCAUUUGGAUCCUGCUGAAAUGGAAAAAGUUGAAAAAUAUAUCAGUGAAGCCAUGAGUUGGCUGAACAGUAAGAUGAAUGCACAGAACAAACUAAGUCUCACUCAAGAUCCUGUGGUGAAAGUUUCAGAAAUAGUUGCAAAGUCAAAGGAACUGGAUCAUUUCUGUAACCCCAUCAUUUAUAAGCCCAAACCGAAAGUAGAGGUUGCUGAAGACAAGGCAAAAGCUAAUAGUGAACACAAUGGACCAGUGGAUGGACAGAGUGGGACUGAAACUAAACCAGAUACAACAAAAGACAGCACACAGCAUACUAAAUCUUCUGGAGAGAUGGACGUGGACUAAGUCUUAAUUUCACCUUCACGUAAUCCAAACAGUGCAAGUAACCACAGGGUCCAUUCUUCUUCUUUUACAUCUGGUACACACAACAGAUGUUUAGUUGUUCUUAACCACUUUUUGUCAUUUGUUUUUUGGAGUAGUUUUGAAAAGUGUUUUAUAUUGAGUGCACCUCUGUUCAUUUCCAUUGCUGCUUAAUGUGAAGCUUUAGCUGAAUGUACAUUAACAAGUCAGUUUAAGCUUUCCUAAUAUAUUUUAUGUCAAACAUGCAAGAUUUGAUAAGUAGUUGGCAACCUUAUUUAAAGCUUCUACUUGGAUAAACCUCAGCUCCUUUAUUCAGGAAAGGAUACUGUAUUGUGCUACUGUUGCAGAAGCAUAGAUUUAAUGGCAUCAUUAUUUUGAAAAACAAAUAUUGAAAUUGAUGUGGUUUAAAGCCACCAAGUCACUGACCUUCUUCUAGUUAUGGUAUUGUUAUAAUUUAAAUAUUAAAACAAAUAAGAGGUUCCUUGACAAAUUAGUCCAUCUCGUUGGUGUGCCAUGAGAACUUCAAAACUUUGUUUUCACUGUAUAAAUGAACUAAAUCACACAUUGAAAGGGAAAACGCACAAUUUUAUGUUAAGGUGACACCAGCAGUUAGCUUCUUUUCAUUAGUCAUGUGGAUUGAUGUUUCUCAGAGUAAUUCAGUGUUUAGCACUCUAAACUUCUGAUCUACUUGUCCUGAAGACCAGCUGCUGCUAAAGUGAUGCUGGCCCAAAAAUGAUGAAGCAUUUUUGAUGAAAAUACCUCCAUGUUAAGGGGGAAAUGCUGUUGACCUACUCAGACAUGCAUCUGUGAUGUUGAUAACCUUGUUUUAGUUUUAAUAGUUGUUUCGGUCUUCUUAAUUGAUUUUGUUAAUAUGUUAACAGAGGGCAGGGAGAAAUGGCACAAUGUGUACUGCAUUAUAUACAUUUAUCACUGAUUUACUUAAUGUUAACAUAUAAACACUAAAUAAGCAGUAAUACUUGAAAAGAAGCACUUAUACCAUAGGUCUUAGGAAAUACUGCUUGUAAUAAACUUAACUGUGUUACACAUCAACAGGCAAAAUAUAGAAUGUUACACAGUGUAAUAUGAUAUGAUGUGAUUAAAUUAUAGUUCCUGCUGUUACGUUACCUGUUCACAUCUUGGCUCCAGUUUUGGUGCUUCAUAUAUAAAUUAUAUGGGUUGAGGGGCUGUGAAAUUAAGAUAUUUUAAAGACAAUCUGUGCUUCAUCACCAGACUUGUUCACACUGUUCAGUUCUGUGCAGAAGCUUGAUAUGGGAGCAGAAUGAAAUGACUUUUCAACCUACAAGAAAAAGAAGCAUAGACGAUGCAUGGGCACUUGUGUUCUUAAUACCAAUCAACUAGAUUGACGUAGGUUAAAAUUUUGAAAGGCUCUGUUUUCCCCAAAGCUACAUCAUCUUUAUAUUAAGAAUUUAAAAAAUUAAUAUGGACUUUUCUUAAGUAAUAAAAAUUGAGAGUUUAAUAUCUUUAGGGAUAGUCGUUACUUCUCACAACUAGUUCUCUAAGAGAGAUUCUGUUUCUACAAUGUAGUCUGCACUGAAAGGAAAGUACGGAGUAGUGCAUUUUGCAGGGAUUUUUAUUCAUCCUUUUUGAGGGAGAUGUCCCUUUUUUGCAUUAAAAAAUCAU